AAUCCUAAUCUCCCACACAUCUCUCAGGUCAUUUAUUCACCGGAGAGAAGACUCUUUGGUUGUUUUCUCUCCCCGUUAACCGAAAAUAAAUCGAUUCACCGGAGGUUAAUUGUUACUUGAUUCUGUUUUUUGCUCUUAUUUUUACAGAUUCAGGUAACACUCCUGAAGAAUCUAGUCUUAGACUAUAGUUAUAACUAACUAGUAAAAGAAAUGCCUUUGUUUAGAAGAGCCGCUACACCCGCUCCUCCAACGGAGGGCGAGACAGAAAAGAAAGAAGCGCCUGCACGAAGGACUUCUUCUGAACCACCCCCCAUGGCAGACUCCAAAAAAGGGAACAAGUUUGAUGAUGAUGACGACGAUGAUGACUUUUUUGGAAAAGCGAAAACAACAACAACCCGGAAGGGACAAAAGAGUAAAGCUGAGCUGGAUAACAUGUCUACUCAGGAACUAGAGAACUAUGCGGUGGAUCAGGCUGAAGAAACUACAAAAAGUGUACAAAAUUGUUUGAAAAUAGCAGAGGAUAUUAGAGAGGAUGCUAAUAAGACUCUAGAUACUUUGCAUGCUCAAGGGGAUCAGAUUCAUAGGACCCAUGAGAAGACCGCCGAAAUGGAAAAAGAAUUGAGCAGGGGUGAAAAGAUAUUGGGGAGCCUUGGAGGCAUGUUCUCUAUGACUUGGAAGCCAACAAAGGGCAAGGAAAUCAAAGGGCCAGAGCCAAGAGAUAACGAUCACCACGGGAAAGGAAAAGAGAAAGGAAGCAAGGAGGACCGAGAGAAGUUGGGUUUGGAACAUGGACACAAGGGGAAGAAGGGCUCUAAAACCGCUCAUGGUGACCCGAAGGAUGCCAUGCAAAAAGUUGAGAUGGAGAAGGAAAAGCAAGACGAUGCGCUCGAUGAUUUAAGCAGUGUUUUGGGUGAUCUGAAAGGAAUGGCUAACGACAUGGGAUCUGAACUCGACAGGCAAAACAAAGCUCUUGAUAAUCUUUCAGAGGACGUUGACGAGCUAAAUAACCGAGUCAAAGGCGCUAAUAACCGAGCACGCAAGCUGGUCGCGAAGUAAAAGAUGUGCCAUCCAACUUCAUCCCAUUACAUGUUGUUGUAUUUAUAUAUAUAUUUUUAUAUUUUUUGUAUAUGAAUAACUUGCAUUAUAUAUGCAAAAUAUUUUCGGCCCAGCCAAAGUUGCAUCUUGCAAGUUCAGGUUUGGCUUAUGCAUUACCAAACCUAAGCCCAACUCAAGCUAUGAGUUCUCUGUAUACAUUUAACAUAUAUCUAAUUGUAACAUUUACCGAUUGAUUUUUCUUAUUUUACUUUGAC